UCCCUCCGCCCCGCGCCGCUGCCGCCUCACCCGCGCCGCAGCCGCCCGCUCCGCUGCUCCCGGCGGGCAGGCCGGGGGAGCCGCGCCGCGCCGCGGUGGCCGCCCAUGUGCCGCGCGCCGCCGGCCUGACCCUUCAUACAAAGGCGGGCAGGGAGGCGACGGGCCGCGCCUGGCAGCGCCGCCCAUGCACCGUGCGCAGCCCCCAGCGGCGGCCCGGCCCCGGGCCAUGAGGGCGGCGUAGCUCCGACACCGCCGCGCUCGGCCCGGCCCGGCCCGGCCCGGCGCGGCUCCAAGGAUCAGCCGCGAACCGGCGGGGACGGCGGCGCGGCCCGCGCCGCUAUGGCAGGAGGCGGCGGCGCCCCCUGCCGGGCGGGUGAGGCGCUGCGGACGGGCGGGCGCCGUCCGCCCUUACUGGUGCUACUGGUGCUGCUGGUGCUGCUGGCGGGGGCGGCGGGCGAGGAGAUCAACGCAGAGGCCUGGCUGCGGCUCUAUGGGUACCUGCCGCAGCCCAGCCGCCAGCUCUCCACCAUGCGCUCGGCACAGAGCUUCGCCGCGGCCCUCGCCGAGAUGCAGAGGUUUUAUGGCAUCCCCGUUACCGGUGUCCUGGAUGAGGAGACCAAGGCGUGGAUGAAACGUCCCCGCUGUGGGGUCCCGGACCAGUUUGGGGCGCGGACAAAGUCCAACAUGCGGCGGAAGCGGUAUGCACUGACGGGACGGCGCUGGAGCCAGAGCCAUCUCACUUUCAGCAUCCAAAACUACACAGAGAAGCUGGGCCGGUACCACUCGUAUGAGGCUGUCCGCCGAGCUUUCCGGGUGUGGGAGCAAGCCACGCCGCUGGUUUUCCGGGAGGUGCCCUAUGAGGACAUCCGGCAGAAGCGGAAGAAGGAAGCUGACAUCAUGGUGCUCUUCGCCUCUGGCUUCCACGGAGACAGCUCCCCCUUCGAUGGCAUUGGGGGAUUUUUGGCUCACGCCUAUUUUCCUGGUCCUGGCAUGGGGGGGGACACGCACUUCGACUCAGAUGAGCCCUGGACGCUGGAGAACACAGAUGUGUCUGGGAACAACCUUUUCUUGGUGGCUGUGCACGAGCUGGGACACUCGCUGGGCUUGGAGCACUCCAGCAACCCCAGUGCUAUCAUGGCCCCCUUCUACCAGUGGAUGGACACGGAGAACUUCGAGCUGCCUGAGGAUGACCUCAAGGGCAUCCAGCAGCUGUACGGUACCGCAGAUGGGCACCCUCAGCCCACCAAGCCUUUGCCCACAGUGACACCCCGGAGACCUGGCAGGCCAGACCAGAGACCCCCUAAACUGCCUCCCCCGGGGAAACCGGAGCGGCCCCCCAAACCCGGCAGCCCAGACCGUCCCGACCAGUACGGCCCUGACAUCUGUGAUGGGAACUUUGACACGGUGGCAGUACUGCGUGGCGAGAUGUUUGUGUUCAAGGGCCGCUGGUUCUGGAGGGUCCGACACAACCGGGUGCUGGACAACUACCCCAUGCCCAUCGGACACUUCUGGCGGGGCCUCCCUGGGGACAUCGAUGCCGCCUAUGAGAGGCAUGAUGGGAAGUUCGUCUUCUUUAAAGGUGACCGGUACUGGCUCUUCCGAGAAGCCAACCUGGAGCCUGGGUACCCACAGCCCCUGGUCACCUAUGGGCAGGGCAUCCCCUAUGACAGCAUCGACAUGGCUGUCUGGUGGGAACCCACGGGCCACACCUUCUUCUUCCGUGGGGACAGAUACUGGCGUUUUAAUGAAGACACCCGCUCAGUGGACCCCGGGUACCCAAAGCCCAUCUCUGUCUGGGUGGGCAUCCCUCCCUCACCCAAGGGUGCCUUCCUCAGUGCAGAUGCCUCCUCUACCUACUUCUACAGAGGCACAAAGUACUGGAAAUUUGACAAUGAGCGGCUCAAGACGGAGCCAGGUUAUCCCAAAUCGAUCCUACGGGACUUCAUGGGCUGUCACACGGAGCUGGUCCCAGACCUCCAUCCCCACUGGCCUGAUGGGGACCGACCCCCCUUCAACCCCGAAGGGGAUGGGCGGGCUGAAGGUGAGGAAGAGGAAGAGGAGGAAGACGAGGAGGAUUACAGCGAGGGCGGCCACCAGCCGGGCGGGGACGUGGAUGUGGUGGUACAGAUCGACGAGUACACGCGCACCAUGAGCGUGGUCAUGGUGCUGGUGCUGCUGGUGCUGCUGCUCUGCAUCCUCGGCCUCAUCUAUGUCAUUGUCCAGAUGCAGCGGAAGGGCGCACCCCGGAUGCUCCUGUACUGCAAGCGCUCCUUGCAGGAGUGGGUCUGACCGGCUCCCUGCCCACCCCCACCACCAUGGUGCUAACGAUGGACCUGACCUCCCCCCAUCCCUCCCCACACCUUCGGUUCUUUGUGCCCCACUGUUGCUUGAUGGCUCCAGCCUCAGAAAAUGGGGGAUGCCCACCCCCCCGGCCCCUCUGGCGCAGCUGGGCUGGGCCCAGGGGAUGGUCACAGGGGGGCUGGAGGGUGCACCCAGGUCUGCCUGCUUGCUGGCACCUGCCCCCCUCCCUUGCUGUCACACCCAGGUUGCCACCUAUCGUGUUCCACCCACCUCUGCUACAGGGUCCCAGCAGGGUUCCUUCCUCCUAUGUGAGCCCACUGAGCUGUCCCCAUGCUGUGGGAGGAGGGCGUGGGUUGGGAGCUGGUCACAAGUGCUACAAGCUGGCAGGUCUCAGCUGCUGCCACCUCCAGGAGCAGGGAAGCAUUAGGGGCAGGGAGGGCAGAGCUCCCAGCCCUAUUUCACGUUGAACCGUGGGGAUUACAGGGAGGUGGUGCCUAAAGCUCAUGCGAGGGGGCAGGUGCCACCUUUGCCAUUCCUGGUGGGCUCAGCUUAGCCUGGACCCCACCACUGCUGAGGGGACGCGCAGCCCCGCGGGCAGGGCAGUGGGCACCGCAGCCUUGUACGCGUAUUAAAGGGUUGGGUGUGUGGA